CACCGCACGUCCGGGGAAGCGCGCUCACGUGGGUCUUUACGUCACCGCGGCGCGCCACCUUUCCUCCUUUCUCUUGUCCUGAAGAUGGCGGCCGGGACUCUUUACACGUACCCGGAGAACUGGAGAGCCUUCAAGGCUCAGAUCGCAGCCCAGUACAGCGGUGCGCGUCUGAAGGUGGCCAGCGCUCCUCCCGCCUUCACCUUCGGCCAGACCAACCGCAGCCCGGCCUUCCUCGGCAACUUCCCCCUCGGCAAGGUUCCUGCCUUUGAGGCUGACGAUGGCUUCUGCCUCUUUGAGAGCAAUGCCAUCGCUUAUUACCUGAGCAACGAUGUCUUGCGAGGCUCCAGCCCCCAGGCCAGCGCACAGGUGCUUCAGUGGGUCAGUUUUGCUGAUGCAGAGAUCAUCCCUCCAGCCAGCACGUGGGUCUUCCCCACCCUGGGCAUCAUGCAAUACAACAAGCAGGCCACUGAGCAAGCAAAGGAGGAAGUGAAGCGGGCACUCGCCGUCCUGAACCAACACUUAAACACCCGGACCUUCCUGGUGGGAGAGAGAGUCACCCUGGCUGAUAUCAGCGUUGUCUGCUCCCUGCUUUGGCUCUUCAAACAGGUCCUGGAACCUGCCUUUCGCCAGCCUUUUCCCAACAUGAACCGCUGGUUCAUCACCUGCAUCAAUCAGCCGCAGUUCAAAGCUGUGCUGGGAGACGUAAAGCUUUGUGACAAGAUGGCCCAGUUUGAUGCAAAGAAGUUUGCAGAGAUGCAACCCAAGAGGGAUGGUGCUCCCAAGAAGGAGAAGGCCAGCAAGGAAGGUGGCAAGCAGCAGGAGAAGAAGGAGAAGAAAGAGAAGAAGGAGGAGAAGAAGGCCCCUGAGCCCGAGGAGGAUAUGGAUGAGACCGAGGCUGCCCUGGCUUCCGAACCCAAAACGAAGGACCCCUUCGCUCACCUGCCUAAAAGCACAUUUGUUUUGGACGAGUUCAAGCGCAAAUACUCCAACGAGGACACGCUGACCGUGGCACUGCCCCACUUCUGGGAGCACUUUGACCGUGAGGGCUUCUCUAUCUGGUACGGAGAGUACCGCUUCCCCGAAGAGCUGACCCAGACGUUCAUGAGCUGCAAUCUGAUCACUGGAAUGUUCCAGAGGCUGGAUAAACUGCGCAAGCACGCCUUUGCCAGCGUCAUCCUCUUUGGCACCAACAACGACAGCAGCAUUUCUGGCAUCUGGGUGUUCAGAGGCCAAGACUUGGCUUUCACACUCUCGGAGGACUGGCAGGUGGACUACGAGUCGUACAGCUGGCGCAAGCUGGACGUGGACAGUGACGAGUGUAAGACCAUGGUGAAGGAGUACUUUGCGUGGGAGGGUGACUUUAAGCAUGUGGGCAAGGCCUUCAACCAGGGCAAAAUCUUCAAGUAGGAGGGGCCUCCGUCCGAACGUACCAUCCAAGCCUCCCCCGGACACGCUGCUCAACUACAGCCCGCCGAGUGGCUCCCCCCGCUGUCGAACCUGAGGCUGGCUCAUCAGGGGAGGUUGUUUGCUGAAAAAUAAACAGUAUUUUCCAAAAGCC